GAGCCGAGAGAAUCCACACGAGCUCGCCCGUCCAGAAUCUUCGAGCCCCUCUCCUCUCCUCUCCUCUUGCUUUCCCGUUUGUUCUCUCUCAUCUCCUCUCUCCCUGUCCUCGCCGUCGCCGACCACACCACCGCCUCCGACUACUCAUCACCCUCGCGGACUCGACCUCGAAACCCAGCCCUAAACGCCCAGAGUCCGGGUCCCUGCGGGGGAGUACCCGGCGCAGCCAAAGCAGCAGACGCCUGCGGAGAAACCCGCGGGGCGGGCGGGGGAGGCCGCCGGAGCAGGGAGCAGGGGAGGGAGGGGUGCGCGCCGCGCUGGGAUGGAAGACGACGUCGACAGCGUCGUCCGGAGCAUCGACAAGGCCGGCGCUGCCCCGGGCGACGACGGCAGCGCCACGCCGCUCCCCGAGACAGUCCAAAUUUGCAAUUCGCCUACCUACAAACUUGACAGAAAGCUUGGAAAGGGAGGAUUUGGGCAAGUAUAUGUCGGUCGUCGUAUUUCCUCUCCUAGUCCUAGUGACAGGACACCCGGCGCAAAUGCCUUGGAAGUUGCAAUAAAAUUUGAACAUCGAACCAGCAAAGGAUGCAAUUACAGUGCUCCUUAUGAGUGGCAAGUUUACAACACUCUUAGUGGAAAUCAUGGCGUGCCAAGAGUGCACUACAAAGGGAAGCAGGGAGAGUAUUAUAUCAUGAUUAUGGACAUGUUGGGGCCAAGCCUCUGGGAUGUUUGGAAUAAUAACUCUCACUCAAUGUCUGUUGAAAUGGUUGCUUGCAUUGCUAUAGAAGCAAUUUCCAUACUGGAGAAGAUGCACUCAAAAGGGUAUGUCCAUGGUGAUGUAAAACCUGAAAACUUUUUGCUUGGACCUCGAGGCACCCUGCAAGACAAGAAACUUUUUCUUGUUGACCUUGGUUUAGCUACUAGAUGGAAAGACGCUGGUACAGGAGAGCAUGUUGAAUAUGAUCAGAGGCCCGAUGUCUUUAGGGGAACUGUUCGCUAUGCUAGUGUGCAUGCCCACUUGGGAAGAACUGGUAGCAGGAGAGAUGACCUUGAAUCCCUUGCCUAUACACUUGUUUUUCUUCUGCGUGGUCGCCUUCCUUGGCAAGGAUACCAGGGAGAGAAUAAAGGUUUCCUUGUUUGCAAGAAAAAGAUGGCAACUUCCCCGGAAUCUUUAUGUUGCUUUUGCCCGCAACCUUUCCGGCAAUUUAUUGAAUAUGUCGUGAAUUUAAACUUUGAUGAAGAACCAAAUUAUGCAAAGUGCAUUUCUCUUUUUGAUGGCAUUGUUGGUCCAAACCCAGAAAUAAGGCCAAUCGACACUUAUGGUGCCCAGAAGCUUAUAUAUCAGGUAGGUCAGAAGAGAGGCCGCUUUAUGAUGGAGGAAAAUGACGAUGAGCAACCUAAGAAGAAGAUUAGGAUGGGGAUGCCUGCGACCCAGUGGAUUAGCGUUUACAAUGCCAGGCGGCCUAUGAAGCAGAGGUAUCACUAUAAUGUUGCAGAUUGUAGGUUAGCACAGCAUAUUUCAAAAGGAAAUGAGGAUGGCUUGUGUAUAAGCUCUGUUGCCUCUUGUUCAAAUCUGUGGGCUCUGACAAUGGAUGCUGGCACUGGCUUUACUUCUCAAAUAUAUGAACUUUCUCCAUAUUUUCUUCACAAGGAAUGGAUAAUGGAGCAGUGGGAGAAAAACUACUACAUCACUGCACUAGCAGGUGCAAACAAUGGCAGUUCUCUAGUGGUCAUGUCGAGAGGAACACAAUAUGCCCAGCAGUCGUACAAAGUAAGCGACUCAUUUCCCUACAAGUGGAUAAACAAAAAGUGGAAGGAGCGUUUCUAUGUCACUGCUAUGGCCACGGCAGGAAGCCGGUGGGCGGUGGUCAUGUCCAGGAAUGCUGGCUUUACAAAUCAGGUUGUGGAGCUUGACUUCUUAUAUCCAAGUGAGGGUAUCCAUCGCCGCUGGGAUAAUGGCUAUCGCAUCACUGCGACAGCUGCUACAUGGGAUCAAGCGGCGUUUAUCUUGAGCAUCCCCAAAAGAAAGCCUGCUGAUGAAACACAGGAAACACUAAGAACGUCUGCUUUCCCGAGUCAGCAUGUGAAGGAGAAGUGGGCGAAAAAUUUGUACUUAGCCUCCAUUAGCUAUGGAAGAACAGUGUCAUGAGGGCUAUUCUGUUUGGCUGGUGCUCUUUGUAAAGUUUAUUUAUAUGGACUGCUGGAUUACGUUAGAUGGGGAAUUUUGAAGAGCGGUAGCAUUUCUAAUUUACUCACCUAUAGUUAACCAAUCUGAUAGAUGUAAAAGCCUGCUUCUGUUCUGUCGAUAGUUGCCCUAGCAUGAUUAUAAGAAAUGUAUGUUGUGGCAUUCGGUUGUUAUACUCACUUGUACAUAGAUUAUUCAAAUCCUUGUGUUUGUAAGUUGUAAACUUGAUUACCCAUCAUGCAUAUAGUUUUGAACUAAUAUUUAAUCCUGGAGGUAGGCACCAAAAAUGUAUAAACUCAAGUUGUCUCUGCGUCUUGCUCAAUUGCUGUUUAAGCUUUUCCGUGCUUGGGGACCCUUGCGGAACCUCUAUUCCUUGGAUCUUAGUUGUCAUGUGAGAUGCACUGCGGUUUGUUUCAGUGUCUAUUUGAAAGCUUGGACUCAUCCCUGCAUAGCAUAAUGCGGGUUUUGUAUUGCAUGGAUCUGGUGACGUGACUAAUUUCAUAUUUCAGAUCUCUAUGACGCUAUUAUUCUCUAGUCAUUGCUUUUGUGCAGUUCAGCUUCAUUGUAUACAGCAGUGUACUAAUAUAACAUUUCUAUAUGUAAUUAAGCUCCCUUUUCCUGUUUAA